AUGUCCAACAGCAGCUUCCUCACCGAGUUCCUCCUCCUGGCAUUUGCGGACAAACGGGAGCUGCAGCUCUUGCACUUCUCACUCUUCCUGGGCAUCUACCUGGCUGCCGUCCUGGGCAACAUCCUCAUCAUCUCUGCCAUAGCCAGUGACCACCGCCUCCACACCCCCAUGUACUUCUUCCUCCUCAAUCUCUCCAUCCUGGACUUUGGCUCCAUCUCCACCACUGUCCCCAAAUCCAUGGCCAAUUCCCUGUGGAACACAAGGGCCAUUUCCUACUCAGGAUGUGCUGCCCAGGUCUUUUUUCUCUUCUUCUUCAUUGGAGCAGAAUAUUAUCUCCUCACUGUCAUGGCCUAUGACCGCUAUGUUGCCAUCUGCAGACCCCUGCACUACGGGACACUCAUGGGCAGCAGAGCUUGUGUCCAAAUGGCAGGAGCUGCCUGGGCCAGUGGUUUCCUCUAUGCUGCCCUGCACACUGCGAACACAUUUUCAAUUCCACUCUGUGAGGGCAAUGUCGUGGACCAGUUCUUCUGUGAAGUUCCCCAGCUCCUCAGGCUCUCCUGCUCCGAUUCCUAUCUCAGGGAAAUCGGACUUCUCACGUUUAGCGCUUUCUUAUUUUUGGGUUGCUUUGUUUUGAUUGUUCUUUCCUACAUGCAGAUCUUCACGGCUGUGCUGAGGAUCCCCUCCAAGCAGGGCCGGCACAAAGCCUUUUCCACCUGCCUCCCGCACCUGGCCGUGGUCUCCCUGUUUGUCAGCACCGGCCUCUUUGCCUACCUGAAGCCCCCCUCCAUGUCCUCCCCAGCUCUGGAGCUGGUGGUGGCUGUUCUGUACUCAGUGGUGCCUCCAACACUGAACCCGCUCAUCUACAGCAUGAGGAACAAGGAGCUGAAGGACGCAGUGUGGAAAGUGAUUGACUGGACAUUUUUCAGCAGCAAGAAACUUCCCAUCUUCUUCUGCAAAUGA